UUUUUGCUCGAUUGUUCUCAUUGUUCUCAACCUGUCUCAACACAUUCGUACACAUUCGUGCUUCGCGCGUUUAUUUAUGUUGAUUCAUGUGCUCGACCAUGGUCGACGUUGGUUUGUAAACACGGUUGACGUUACAGUUAAUUAAAAAAAAACUGAAAAGUGUUAUUUGAAGCGUAUAAUUAACUGUGUUGGUUGAAUUAUAAUGUACAUGGAAUACAUGCAGUACAUGGAACAGUACAGACGUGCAGCAAUAAUUACAGCUGCUACUGCAGUCACUGCAGAAGUUAUUAGAAGACGACGCUUAGCCGCUGUAGUUGUUAUGUUAUAUUUAUUGAAAAAGAGAAAACGUUUCAAGAGGAUUCCGCACAAAAAGAAACAAAAAGCCUAUGCCAUAUCGUACAAAGGGUUGACGGAAGGCACCUCAUCUCUCAUCCGGGAGCCCCAAACAAAAAAAAAAUUUCAUAUGUAGGUGCUUUAAAACAUUCAUUGUCUAAAGAAGUAACAGAAGAAGAUGGUGAUGCAGAUGAUGAGGCAGAAGAAGAACAGCCCAAAUUAAAAGAUAAUCAGAAAGAACAAAUAAAUUUUAGACGUAAGAAACGAACAAAAUUAGGAGCAAAAAGGCAAGAAAAAAAAGAAGCAUGUCAAAUGUGAUCGUGUUGAGUGACUCGGACGAGCCAGCAUCACCUGUUGCUUACAAACACGAUAGAAUUGAGUCAAAGAUCGACGGCAAGUAUUAUUCUGAUACUGAAAGUGACUUUAAUUUCCCUGAGGUGCCGUUCUGUAGUCAAGUCGCAAAGAAUUUGACGUCGCAAAGCGAGACUCUUCCCAGUUUGAACGCCAAUGAUGGCUAUAAAUGCGCCGAGAGAUUGUCGUCCGACUCCGAGGGUGAACUGGUUGAAAAGUCCUCGCGAAAAGCAGCAGUUUCCAAGAAGAACAAGGAAACAUUAAGAGUGGAACGAUCAAGACGUCAGCAAGCUCUAGCGAGGGAAAAAGCUUUGAAGUCAAUCGAAAGAAAAACGUCGAAGGAUAUGAAGCCUGGUGAAUGCAUGAAGUUCAUGGAAGUUAAUCUCGACCGAGGCAUCGAUACAGUCACUUCUCAAGAGGAAAUUGAGAGCGCGUUACGAAAUGCCGGUAUCAAGUUUAACGUAACCACUGAGUUGAUUCCUAACAGCAUUACAUGGCAGAGGAACAUUGAGGAGGACUAUGUUGGCGAAGAUAAUGAAAUAUGUACGAAGAGAAGUGUACAGCUGGAGAAGUAUGUUAUUAUGAUUUGGAGCGCUUAUGAGGCCGUGAGACAUGUAGCAGAUGGCACUUUCUGUGUGUCCAUCAUGAAUAGUAAGGACCUAAUACCGAAUUAUAAUAUGACUUUGCUUAUCUAUGGCAUGGAGGAGUACUUUGUAUGUCGGAAGAAACAGAAGUCUGAUCGGAAUACUGGAAGUAAAGAGUCCAGGUAUAACGGCAAGAAUGGUAAUCAGUGGCUUGACACAUUACCGACUAUAUCGAGGCAACAACUGGAGAUGUGUCUGACUGAAAUUCAGAUAGUAGCCAAGUGCAGCAGCAGAUUAAUUGAGAACAUUCAGGAUUUGAUUUUGAUGGUAUGCCAGUAUACAAAAUCCAUUUCGGAAAUACCAUAUAAAUUGCAGAAAAAAGGGAGCCAGGAAAGUAAAUUUGACUGGUAUGUUAUGGGGGACAAUAAGAACACUGUACGUGUGGACAAGGAUGGUAAUGGAUUGAAGAGACUGUGGCAGCAGCAGCUGUGCCAGUUUAACUUGAGUACCUUAGAAACAUCAGAAGCAAUAUGUACUGUCUAUCCUAGCCCAGUGCAACUUGUAAAGGCUUAUAAAAACUGCACACUUGACGAAGGAAUGAAUUUAUUAAAAGAUAUAUCGAUAAGAAGAGCAGCAGGACCUCUCACAACUGCACGUAAAAUUGGCCCUGAAUUAAGUAAAAAAAUAUAUGCCAUGUUUAUGUCACAAAAUGGAAACGAUUUAUUAGGGACCGAGGUAUAAAUAACUGCAAAUUUUUAUAGGAACUUAUAUGUAAUUCCAUUUCUAAUCCUUUAUAUUAAAUUUAUAAUACAAAUGCGUUACGUCGUGUAACGAUAAUACAAGGAUUAUUCGGAAAAUAAGAUCUGAUUUCUACAUAGCUUCCAUAUUUAUUUUCAGACCUUACUUUCCGAAUAACUCGUCUAAUGCUAGAAGUUAUCUGUCUUUAAGAUAUAUGUAUAUACUUCAAUUUUUUCUGUUCUAUUGAUAAAUCGAAAAGAUUUCAACUGUUUAAUGAUACUUUCGUUUUCUAAAAAUCAGAUUUUCUUAAAUCAAUUUAAAAAUAUGAUUUAUUUGUAAUACUUAGAUUUAAAAAAUUGAUACGAUGCAUUUAUACACAAUUGUUUCUUAUUCUUUCUCAAACACAUUUUACAGACAUUUCUAUAAACAUUUGUAACAAAAAAUUGCUCUAGAAUACAAUUUUCGAAAUAAUUA